AUGUCUGCGCCCUACGAACUCAUCUACUAUACAGGCGUCCCAGGCCGCGGUGAACAUGUCCGGCUAAUCCUCGAGGAAGCUGGCGUUCCGUAUAAAGACGCUCAGUCUCUCUCAUUUGAUGAAGCACGGGAGACUGUCACGACCUGGCUCGCUGGCGGCGGACAUGGCAAUCCGCCUUACUUCGCCCCGCCUCUCCUGAAGCACGGCGACCUCGUCAUCUCUCAGACUCCUAAUAUACUCCUGUACCUCGGCCCCAAGCUCGGACUUGCUGGCUCGCGUGAGAACGAUCUAUACAGAGUGAACGCUAUUGCUCUCACUGCGCUCGAUGGGUUGAGCAACGAAGUUCACAAUACACAUCAUCCAAUCACCGUCAUGCUGCCCUGGGAAGACCAGAAGGAGGAAAGUAAAAGGCGCAGCAAGGAGUGGGUUCAAAACCGCCUACCGACCAUCCUUGUAUACUGGCAGAGGGUAUUGGAGAAUGAGGAGCGCGGCCCAGGCCCGUGGCUUUUGGGAGACACGUUCACGUACGCCGACUUGGUGUUGUUCCAGUGUCUCGACGGUACCCACUACGCUUUCCCCAAGGCAAUGAAGCAGGCCAGAGAAACCGGCAAGUACGACAAGGUGUUCAAGCUGUGGGAAGACGUCAAGGCUCGGCCAACCAUUGCUGCGUACCUUGCCAGUGACAGAAGACAGAAGUAUCAGGAUUGGGGCGUCUACCGGCACUAUGAUGACAAUGAUGUUGUUGCAGAGUAG